GGGUAUACACACAAAAACUACACCCAAAAAAGACAAAAAAAAAUAUUUAAAAAAUAAUAAAACAUUAAUAAAAAUAUUAAAAACACUAAAAAUAUAAAUAAAAAAUGGUUAGGCGUUCGAAAAAAAGGACUUCGGAAAGCAGAUUAUCGGUGGCUGUUAUCACGGAGGAAGAGUGGAUGGCUAGAACGCUAAAAUAUGUUCAGCGGUUGCAGGACCUCCAUACCAGUUCGAAUUUAGUAAAAGAAGCCAAGGAGGAGUGCACGGAACUAAUGUUCCAACAAUUGAUGAACGAAAAAUGGAAAACCUAUGUCUCCUGCGAUGGCUUGCCCGAUUCCGAACAACCCCGUGACAUUCGGAGUUUUCUCUUCCAGCUGCGUACUGAAGAGAAGGCGAACAAGAAAGACGACAUUAGCUGGGUCCUCUCCGUGGAUGAGCGCAGUAUCCUGUCCCAAGCUCCCGAACGCCAGGACUUCACACGCGAAACGCUCUUAGAGACGACCCGACCGGAAAUAGGAAAGUUCUAUGACGACACCAUCCUGCGAAUUUUAGAGACCCUCAAACGCGUCCAACAGACUCUUCGUGAGGAGGAUACCAUCUUAAGUAUGCCGGUCACCCGAGUUUUCGAAAUGGCUAAGAUGCCCGCCGAACUGUAUGCGGAAAUAGUAACAUUCUUCGACAAACUCUCCUACCGGGUCAUUUCUUCACCUGAAUCCUAUAUGACGGCCAAAGGCUGUAUGCUCGCCGAUUACUGCUACAAAGCCAAGAACUUUAACUUCCAAUUGUGGGGUCUGCAGGACGUCCCUGUGCGUUUCAAUUAUAUGACGCUGCCCUUACUAUACGCCGAUUUAGGUUGUGUUGGAGUAACCGUGCAGCUGCCUCUGAGCGUCCUCCACGACAACCUGACCCUAAGAUGUAUACACUUCUUUUUCGACCCGUACUCCCAUCUGGCCAAGAGCUACGAGCUCCCCGGCGACCAGGGCAAUACUCCCAUUUGUGGAAUUAUGAACAUCGAGGACAGUGCCGCCAGCGAAUGGGCAGCCCAGGUGGACAUUCAGGAGGAGCUAAUGCUAAAAAUGUCCAACCAAAUGCAAGUCUAUCAAGAUGCUAUGGAGGUCAUUGAAGCUGAAAAGACAAAGAUCGCUGAAAAUAAGGAAAUGAGAUUAGAGAAUAAACCCCCUUCUAAGUUGCCAAAGAAGCCGCAGGAGUUACCAGAGGGCAAGGUCCCUGAUCCUUAUAAGAUCUUUAUUGAUAGAGAAGAGCAAGAGUGCAAAGAUUUUUUUAUGGAAACAUUCAAUCCCCGCAACAUUAAUCUGUUGCCAUUUGAAGUAAAUCUCCGGCAAUAUAUAAUGAUGGGAGGUAUUUACUCUAUGGUCUUUCUGCGAAAACCCAAGCAUACCGCUUUUCAGAAAUUCAAUAUAACGAUGCACGAGGAGGGUCGGACUUUGCAUGUCGAACAACUCCAGGCAGACAUCGGGUUGGAGGACGAGGUUGGUCCAAGUGGUACGAAACGGAGCCAUGAUUUUUCGUUGAUUACGGAGCCCGACCUUCAUCUGAACCAGGACGACUUACCAUACUUUAUCCUGACCUUUAAGAUGCCCUUACAUUUAUGUCGGUGGGGCGAACCGAUGGUCUGCCAGUUCAUUGAAGAGGAGGUACAGGGACCGGAGGCCGAGGUGGAGGAACUCACCGAGGAUGUUGACAAAAAGCACAAAAAAAAACCAAAAAAGCCGCGAAAACCUGAAAAUCCUACUUCCGCAAGGAGGAGCACAAUAUCAAAGAGCGUAGCGGAGAGUCAAGCCUCGGCAGAUCUUUCUGCAAGAGGGAAACCCAUAAGUCAUCGAUCGCUGGCUGUACGGGAGAGCUCCUUGAACAUCUACCGGCCCUCGGCCAUAGAUUUGCUCCGCCGUAGUGCUUCCUACCCAAGUGUUCCCGCCGAUUUGGUGAAGAACUUUUACCUACAACAGGGACCUCUGAAGAAGAAGGAAAUGCAGAUAAUGCAGCGGUACUGCAUACCUCUAUUAUUGUCCUCGUUCAAGUUCCCGCAGGAGUUUCGAGACGAGGCUCUAGAAGACGAGCAAACGAAUAAGAAGUCAGUAGGUCCACUUUAUCGCCGUCGUGUCAUAGAGGCCGAUGUGGAAAAGGACGUGACUGCCGACGUUUACACAUUCAAUUACGAGGAUCAGUCCAAACCUGAGCGAAUAUAUCCUAUAUUCGAACGAACGCCCGAAAUGAAUAUGGAGGAAAAUGAGUUGAAACCACAAGAUUCACAGCAUAGUCAAGGUGAUGACAUGACACUUUAUCAAUUUAUGACUACCCUCGAGAACAUAAAGGGAAAAUAUGAAGAGAGUGCCAAAAAGAUAUUUAAUCAAACGGCACCACAAGGGGUGAAGAUACCCCGAAGACUUCAUCAUGCAGAUACUCCAGUGAGUUCAUCUCGAGUCGAGCGCGCCGGUUCCAGAAGUCGCAGGAAUACGAGUGUUGUCUUGGCGUCUAAUAAGGACGCUCCUAGUUCAACUACUGUGGGCGUAGAAUCGGAAAAAGAUGCCGAAACGGAUUUGGGUGAUUCAGAAAUCGGCGAUGGAACAGGAGCACGCAAGAGCCGUAUUCCCGGAUUAACGCCUUCCGCCGCUCCAACGUCAAAGAAAUAUGUCGAAUUAACAAAGGUCACCCACUGGACCACCGAGUAUAUUCUGGAGUCGAACUUCGACUAUGAACUUAAAGUCUUGACCGUUAAGACCGAUCGCUUGGGUGACUUUGGGUUUGCCUAUCCGCGAUAUAUUCAUUUUCCCUUUCGGAAUUGGGAACUUGACCAAAAUGAAUUAAAUCCUGAUGAGCUAAUCUUUACCGUGGACACCCAGUUCGUACGAGUGGUCUUUUUCAUCAGUAAUAAGGGUAUUCGAGGAUAUGUGAUUGAUAUUCCAAAGGAGUACGUAGCCAAUCCGCUUAAGUAUUUGGAGAUCACUGAACCGAUUGUUGAUUUCGUCGAGUUGCGCAAACGCUUUCAGGACAUGAACCUGAACGUGUUUGCGGAACUCGAUGCCAGUUGCUACAUCGACCAGGGAUAUUUCUCCAUAAAGCACUUGGCAGCGGAGUUGCACGUCUACGAUAUAAUGUCUAUUCACUGCAAGCUGAUGAAGUUCUACCGCUCCGACUGGAACCGUCUAGCCACUAACCGUGACCUAAUCCUUCGGCUGCGCAAUCCCAAGGACAUGCAUGAUGCAUCCGAGGUCACGGCCAGGGUAACUCCCGAGUCAGCGACCUUCGUGGAGGUGUCUGAAGUCUGCACCGAAAACGUCGACGUCAUCAAGCUGUCCUAUCAGUCCACUUGGCGCAAUAUCGGGAGUUAUACGGACCUGCACCAACUGAUCAACUCCAUGUAUCCGAAUGCCACGGAUAUGCGAAAUCGAGACUCCAAGCAAAUGUUCUACUUGCAAGAGCUCCUGCGCGAAAUUCGACCUCUGAGCUUCUCGUAGUCCGCGGACGCUGCUAAAUUAACUCCAGAAUUGCACAACAAAAUAAUAAACAUACACAGACAUAUGUAUACUUCUAAAUUACUUGCAAUUAAACUCAAUUGCCAUCCGA